AAUAAUAUAAGCUCUCAAACGUAGAGAAGCGGCCGACCUUUGGCCUACAGAGAGACGCAAAGAAGAUCCCCAAGUAGCGUAAGAGCCAACCCAAUCCAACGGCCACCAGGCCCAUCCCCCCUUCAAUCUCAGCCGUCCAAUCAGGCAUUAUUUACUAAUCCGAUGCUGAAAAGGUUAGGCCUCCCCCCAACCCAAACCCAAACCCCUCUUUCUGUCUCUCUAGCUUCUUUCCCUCCUCCCCACUCCUCAAAAAAAGAAAGAAAAAAAGAAAACACCAUCUUUUCCCCCCUUCAAUCUUGGCACUAUUUCGAGGUCAAAUCGGCUACAAUGGGCGCAAUGUUGGUCCCCGUGUGGCUAGAGCCGCUGCUGAACACGGCGUUCUUCUCCGUCUGCCGGACCCACGGCGACGGCGCCCGGAGCGAAUGCAACAUGUUCUGCCUCGACUGCGGCGGCGACGCCUUCUGCUUCUACUGCCGCUCCUCCCGCCACAAAGACCAUCAAGUCAUUCAGAUAAGGAGGUCGUCAUACCAUGAUGUGGUGAGGGUAUCGGAGAUACAGAGGGUGUUGGACAUAAGUGGGGUGCAGACGUAUGUGAUAAACAGCGCCAAGGUUUUAUUCCUCAACGAGCGCCCACAGCCUAAGAACAGUGGGAAGGCAGCCGUCUCCAACGUCUGUGAGAUCUGCACCAGAAGCCUUUUGGACACUUUUCGUUUUUGUUCUCUCGGCUGUAAGCUUGUGGGGAUAAAGAGAAAUGGAGAUGCAAGUUUUAUGCUAGAGACAAAGAACGAGUUUGGAGUGCAAAGAGGUGAAGGGAUAUCAUCAAGAAGAGGGGAAGAUGAUUUGCGGGAAGCCUCGCCGCAAAAUGACAUUUUUCCGGCAACUCCGCCGCCGCCGACUUCCAAUGCAAGGAGGAGGAAAGGCAUCCCUCACAGAGCUCCCUUCUUGUCUUAACUAUGUUAUUUUAUUUCUUCAAUCACUCGUGUACCUAAAAAAAAUCUCUCAAUUCUUUAAAUUUAAUUAAAUCAAAGUUAAGUGAUUAU